AUGGCGUCCCGAUUCUUUGCCGCCAGCGACAGCUCCUCGGACGAGUCCAGCGAGGAGGAGCUCUACUCCAACGACGAGGAGUCUGAACAGGAAGACAGCGACAAGGAUUCGGACGACGAUUCCGAUGACGACGACUCUUCCGACUCUGGUUCGGAAACCGGUGCCAACCGUUUCUUGAAGGACGCCGACAGCGAGAGCGAGAGCGACGACGAGGACGUGAACAAGGUGCUGAAGAGCGCCAAGGACAAGCGCUUCGACGAACUGGAAGCGACCAUCAGGCUCAUUGAGAAUGCGCAAAAGAUCAAUGAUUGGGCGGUUAUCUCCGAACAAAGACAUGCAGAGUUCGACAAACUCAUCCGCCAGGUCCCUACCCUGACCAAGCAGAACGAUGGCAAGAUCCCAAAACUCUACAUCCAGGCCGUCGCCGAUCUCGAGACGGUCGUGGUCGAGACACACGAGAAGCAAAAGGUCACACCCAAGAAGAUGAACGCCGUCAACGGCCGUGGCUUCAACGCUGUCCGCCAGAAAAUCAAGAAGCACAACCGCGACUACGAAAAGGACAUCAACGCCUACCGGGAGAACAAGGAGGAGUUCAUGCGCGAGGAGGAGGAAGUCAUCCAGGCGCCCAAGGAAAAGAAGAAGAACAAGAUCCCACAACUCGGUACUGAGGUCGUUGAUGAGGCCACAGACGACGGCUUCAUCACCGUUGGCGCUGGUGGCAAGGCUGUUCUCUACACUCCCGAGGGUAUCCUCAAGCACCUCCGGGCCAUUGUCGAGCAACGUGGUCGCAAGAACUCAGACAAGCUGGAGCACAUCCGAACCCUGGAGAAGCUCUUCGAUGUCGCCAUCAACGACUACCAGAAGGUCCGCGUUCUGCUCACCCUCAUCUCGACACGUUUCGAUUUGACCUCUGGUACCGCAAGCCACAUGCACCAGGAUCAGUGGAAGCUGGCUGAUCAAGAGUUCGGAAAGCUCCUGCAAAUCCUCGAGAACAGCGAAGAGAUCGUCGUCAUCGAGAACGCCGAGGAGUGGGAGGAUGACGAGAAGCUGCCCACCAUCACACCUGGCGAGAUCUUCCGCAUCCCAGGAAGCAUCGUUUCCUUCGUCGAGAGGCUCGAUGACGAGCUCACCCGUUCACUCCAGCACAUUGACCCCCACACUUCUGAGUACAUCGAGCGGUUGACUGACGAGGCCCUGCUGUACGCUCAGCUUGUGCGCACUCUGGUAUACGUUGAGAGCAUGAAGAAGAACCCUGCCCUAGACCUUCCACAAGAGCCACUCAACCGCAUUGUUAUGCGGAGAUUGGAGCAUGUCUACUUCAAGCCUUCGCAAGUCAUCACUAUCCUUGAGAACAACGUAUGGAAGGCCAUCCCCGAGAGCCUCGACUCUGAAAUCACUCCUCGCGCCAUCUCCAACGAUACCGCCUCCCUCGUCCAAACCCUCUGCACAUACCUCUUCCAGAACAGCGAGGGCAUUAUCCGUGCCAGGGCGAUGCUGUGCCAGAUUUACUUCCUGUCUCUACACGACCAGUACUACAAGGCUCGUGACAUGAUGCUCAUGUCGCAUUUGCAAGAGACCAUCAGCAACUUCGACGUCAAUACCCAGAUUCUCUUCAACCGUGCGCUCGUCCAAGUCGGCCUCUGCGCGUUCCGUGCUGGCCUUGUCUACGAGGCCCAAACCUCACUACAAGAGAUCUGUGGUAGCAACAGGCAGAAGGAGCUUCUCGCACAAGGUCUGCAAAUGCAGCGAUACUCGCAGAUUUCUCCCGAGCAGGAGCGUCUUGAGCGUCAACGACAACUUCCCUUUCACAUGCACAUCAACCUUGAGCUACUAGAGUGCGUCUACCUGACAUGCUCCAUGUUGCUUGAGAUUCCUCUCCUCGCACAACUUGGCUCGUCACCAGACCUAAGGAAGCGAGUAAUCAGUAAGACUUACCGCCGUCUCUUAGAGUACCAUGAGCGUCAAAUCUUCACUGGCCCGCCCGAGAACACCCGUGAUCACGUCAUGCAGGCAUCUAAGGCACUGUCUGCUGGUGAGUGGAAGAAGGCUGCUGAAUUCAUCAACUCGAUCAAGAUUUGGGAACUCAUGGCCAACUCGGAGAAGAUCAAGGAGAUGCUGUCCUCACAAAUCCAAGAGGAGGGUCUACGGACGUAUCUCUUCACCUACGCUCCUUUCUACGACACUCUUGCCAUCUCAACACUAGCUGGCAUGUUUGAGCUUUCAGAACGAAAGGUCUCGGCUGUGGUUUCAAAGAUGAUCUCUCAUGAGGAGCUCGCUGCCGCUCUCGACCAAGUCAACUCGGCCAUCAUCUUUAGGAAAGGUGUGGAGCUGUCAAGACUUCAGACGCUUGCCCUCAGCCUGUCAGACAAGGCCUCUGGCCUCAUCGAGUCGAACGAAAAGACGCUCGAGCAACGCACACAAGGUACAGCCAACGCCUUUGAAAGGCAAGGCGGCCGUGGUAACCGCGGUGGCCGUGGAGGUGGCCGUGGCGGCGGUGGUCGUGGCGGAGGCGGACCAAGGGGAGGACGGAAUCAGCAAUUCACUGGCGGUGCUUUGGGACGGGCUAUUCAGGCUUAA